AAAAAUUUAUGGCGUUCUUGUCGUCGUCAAAGUUAUCCCCGUAAGAGUGAAGGAGAGCGACUUCCAAACUCCUGAAAGUUUGUAGAGCUCAUGCAGUGGCAUCGCAACUAUCUGUUUCUGCCAACCUCUGCUUCUUUGAGAUAAGGCCAGAGUCGAGUCUGUGUUCUGGUCUGUUGUCAAUCUAGACCAUGGCGUUCCUUUGUAUCCACAGCCAUCAAACUCAAAGUCGACUUAGGACGAUUAUCAUGGUUUCCGCUUUGGCUUCGGUGGUCUUAUCUGCUUAUUCGAUACAACGAUGCACCUUUGUACUUUCAGGAGCCAUAGACGACCCUGAUGCCCAUAUUUAUGCUUGGGGCUUAUUCACGACACCCGUCUACGACAUUGAUGGAAAUGUCCAGGGUUGCAUCCCUUAUCCCAGUUCCAUGGAAUUGGGUGCCUCCAUCAAGACUGCCCAAGCCUUUGGGAUUGUGCUGGUAAUUUUUAUCGCCUCCAUCUUUCUGGGACUGGCACUGGUGGAAUUCUUCUUGGAGCGUGGGACAUCAACAAUCUAUCAUUUUAUCCGAGUACUGCUACCCAGUUCCUUUCUUUGUCAGCUUUUGACAUUUGCCGUGUUCGCUUCCAAGUUUUGUUCCGAGGUUGUGGAUGAAUUAGACGAGGACAAAGGAACCGUCCCUGCCACCUGCACCCCCGGAGGUGCGGGUGUUGUUGCCAUUUUUAAUUUGGUAUCCAUUAUUCUCAUGACCACAUUGAUGAGCAUGGUGACACCUCCUGAGCACCCCGUGUUCCAACUUUACGGGACAGGCAACAAUGUCCGGGUGGUCAAGAGUGGUGGUAGAGUCGGAAGCAAAGAUCCUCGCAACCGUCACCUUGAUCAAUAUCAGCGCCACCGUGAUCGUCAUGGGCAAACGAAUCAUUCCAAGCAACAGCAGCAGCGCUACAGCAGUGCCAAGCAUAGUCGAGCCAGCAGCCGCCCCAGCCAUUACACACCUGACCGAAGCACGAGGAGCAAAAGCAGCAGUCGCAAGGUGGAACAAUACACAAUGAGGGAACCUCAACGACCAGGCAGAGAAAAGAUCAAGACCACCAUUGUCAAUGGCCCUGAUGUGCGGAAAACGAUCAAGGAGAUCACGCACCCGGAUGGUUCACAAACGAUCACGACCACAGUGGAAGAACUACGGUCCUGCUCGGAUGCUGCUACAGAGAUGGUUGACAUUGACGACGAGAGUCUUACAAUGGACGACGAAGAAGAAUACGACGACGAUUCUACAAGGAUGAUUGCAAUGCUAUGAAAGAAGUGGGGGACACGUCACUGGUCUUAGCAAAAGUGAAUAUCUUGGUUGGGAUAUCUAAACUGUGGGAUAUGAAUGCAUUAUUGUAUUAGUUAGUUAGGUUGUGAUGCUGUGUGAACCUGCGGCUGGCAAAUUGCUGAAGUGGUU